AUGAGAAGCAGCCUUAGGAAGCACUGCGCUUACCACAAUGAGAUUGGGCACCAGACUCAGGGGUACAGGGCCCUAAAGACGCAAUUGGAAGAUCUGGUCAGACAGGGUCACUUAAGAGACCUAAUAGAUGAGGCCAGAACGAGAAAAGAGCAUGCAAGGCUUCCCCCAGAACCAGCGGCACCACCACCGCCGCCACAACCACAACAAGCAGAACCUCGGGUGAUAAACGUGAUUCAUUCGAGGGUUAAAGAGAAUGAUAUGCGAGGAGAGACCCAAAAGGUGAGGCACCUACAGCAUGUGUAUCAGGUCCAACAAAAGAGGCCCAGGACAAACGUGUACCAAGGACCAAUGGUGUUCUUUACUAAAGCAGACCUAGACGUGGUGCAACAUCCACACAAUGAUGCUCAAGUAGUGACCCUCAAGAUUGGAGAAUGUCAGGUAAGGCGUAUACUGAUCGACCAAGGCAACUCUUGUGACAUCAUGUAUGUUAGAUGUCACAAGGAGCCUGGCCUUUACGAGAUGAUUUGGAGCAAUCAAAUGGCCCAAUGGUCGAGUUCAAUGGAAUGCCAACAUGGCCUCUGGGAGCAAUAA